UCUCUCUCAGCCGUUUUGGACUCGAGCUCGUCGCGCUCUAUUGCCGCCUCAAGCUCGUCGCGCUCUGUCGCCGCCUCAAGCUCAGUUGCUGCCUUCCUGUGCUCGAUUCGCCGAAGUCAGAAGCAAACGGAACCAGAAUCUGGUCCCUUGGGUGGUGGUCGUUGUUGUCUUCUUGGUCGGCCGUUAGUUUAGUUGGUCAGCUUCCUUCGUUGUGAGUUGGUCCCUGGGCAGGACCGGGUCAGUCGGUUCAACCAGUAACCUACCGAUUCAACCAGUGAUCCAGUAGUAUAAUCAGUUGGAUCAUUGGUUCGGUUCGGACGACUAUGUGCUUUAGUAUGGACUAUGGAGACAGUUGAGUCUUGACCCUGGAAUUUAUGAAAGCCCAAUCAUGUUCAUCUCUACUCGCGUUUUGCUCUGCGUUCAUUCGUCUGCUCGUUUCUUCGAAGAUCAUUGUUAGUGGCUUGGUGCUUCAUUCUGCCUCUGUCACUAACUUGCUCCUGCUCUCUCCAUCUCGGGUUGAUCCCUGUGCAGGUGCUGCCGCCGCAUCAGUUCAGUUUUUGCUGCAAAAAAUUGCGAAGGUUCUAUUGAGCGAAGUUAUGAAGCCACUGCAUCGAAUUAUCGAAGACAAGUUGAUUUUCCUCUUACAAUCAUGUAGAACAUCAAAACACAUGUGUCAGAUUCAAGCCCAAAUAAUUACCUAUGGACUCCAACACAAUCAUUUCAUUACUCCAAAUUUCAUCAAUGCGUGUUCCAACCUCACUAAAAUGGGUCAUGCCCAGAAACUGUUUGACAAAAUGUAUGAACCGAACACUGCCUCAUGGAAUGCCAUGUUGACAGGCUACUCCCAUGUUGAGUUUUACCGGGACGUCGUUGUUUUGUUUGCCCGAAUGAACCGGGAGGGUGCAUUGCCCAAUUGCUUUACCUUCCCUAUGGUUGUCAAGUCUUGUGCAAAGGUAGAUGCAGUAAGAGAGGGUAAACAAGUUCAUUGUCUUGUGGUGAGAUACGGUUUCAUGUCAAACUCCUUCGUAGGAACUUCGUUGAUUGACAUGUAUUCGUCAUGGGGAUCCAUUGGGGAUGCUUACAAGGUGUUUGCUGAAAUUCCUCAGAAGAACGUAGUUGCUUGGACUUGUAUCAUUGUUGCCUACAUUUCAUGUCAUGACAUGCUUUCUGCCCGGUGCUUGUUUGAUGUGGCACCAGAGCGCGAUGUGAUCCUCUGGAACACUAUGGUUUCAGGCUAUAUUGAGGUGGGAGAUAUGGUGGCUGCCAGAAAACUUUUCGAUAAGAUGCCGAAUCGGGACAUUCAGUCUUGGAACACCAUGCUGAAUGGUUAUGCGAAUAAUAGAAAUGUUGAAUCAUUUGAGAAGAUAUUCAAGGAGAUGCCUGAAAGGAAUGUGUUUUCUUGGAAUGGGUUAAUUGGAGGCUAUGCUCGGAAUGGCCUAUUGUCUGAUGUUUUGGAAUCUUUUAAACACAUGUUAGUUGAAGGUUAUGUUCUGCCUAACAAUGCCACGCUUGUCACAGUGCUGUCUACAUGUUCAAGAUUAGGUGCCCUUGAUAUGGGUAAGUGGGUGCAUGUGUAUGCAGAAAGGAUUGGUUAUAAGGGAGACCUGCAUGUUGGAAAUGCCCUAAUUGACAUGUAUGCAAAAUGUGGGGUUAUUGAAAAAGCGAUUAAUGUGUUUAAUCAUCAGCAUAAAAAGGAUAUAAUUACUUGGAACACAAUCAUUAAUGGUCUCGCCGUGCAUGGGAAUGCAGCUGAUGCCUUGAGUAUGUUUGAUAGGAUGAAGCAUGGUGGAGUGAAACCAGAUGAAGUUACUUUCGUGGGAAUUCUGUCUGCUUGUACACAUAUGGGGUUAGUCAGGGAUGGAUUCACAUAUUUUCAAUCCAUGGUUGAUAGUUAUUCACUUGUGCCUCAAAUUGAGCAUUAUGGGUGUAUGGUUGAUUUGCUUGGAAAAGCUGGUCUCUUAGAACAAGCUGUAAAUUUUGUGAGAAAGAUGCCGGUGAAACCAGAUGCAGUUAUAUGGGCGGCAUUGCUUGGGGCAUGUAGAAAAUACAAGAAUGUUGAAAUCGCAGAGCUGGCUCUUACACAACUCAUCGAACUCGAACCUAAAAACACCGCAAACUUUGUCAUGCUUUCAAACAUAUAUAAAGACCUUGGAAGAUGGGAAGAUGUUGCCAAGUUGAAGGUUGCAAUGAGAGAUACUGGUUUCAAGAAAAUGCCUGGAUGUAGUGUUAUUGAGGCCAAUGAUAUUGUGGUGGAGUUUUAUUCUUUGGAUGAAAGGCAUCCGGAGACAGAGAAUAUAUACAGGACAUUGCGCGGAUUGACAAUUUUGAUAAGAUCGUAUGGAUAUGUUCCAAAUCCUGGUAUUGUUGCUUGAGGCUGAAUAUGAUUUUUAUGGAUUAAUGCGACUGGAUGCAGGGGAUUAAUUCAUGCUUCAACUCCUAGAUCAGUGGUAAGUACUCCUUGAAUCCAAAUAGUUACUUUUUUUACAUUGCAUCCAUAAUUUUCCCUUUCCCCUUCCAUUAGAGUAGGAAAUAUUUUCUUAAACCAGAUUUUUUAAUUCUGAUGGUGUUAUUAAUCUAAUAAUUAUUAUAUUGUCCUAGCAACUACAAUGUUCAAGGAAGAAGGGAAGAGAAGGGGAAAUAGCAAGGAUUCCUUCUCUACAAAAAAACCUUUUUCUUUUCUGUUUCUUCUUUUUCUUCUAUGCAUAUUUCAGCACUCUCCGAAGAACUAUUAUCAAAGCUUACAGGGACAAAAAAAAAAAAAACAGAAUAUAGAAGCAGAAAAUGGUACCACAAAGGGGAGGUCUAGAGAGGAUGAUGGCGAAACCACUGAGCUCAGAAAAGAGGACGGCGGGUCGGCUGCGACACUGAGAAGACGAAGGCGACGGUGCUUGAGACAGAGAGAUGACGGAGCUUGAGGUGCGGUGAAACGCGAACGGCGGAGCUCCAGACAUUGCAGAUGGCAGAGCAGGAGCUUGAGGUGUUUUGAAUGGUGGACGCUGUGUGAAACUUGAAUGUGUGGGAGAAUACAAAAGUGAUGAGUGAUGAGUGCUGGAUGAUGAGAGUGAUUGAGUGAAUACAUGCUUGAUGCAUACAUUCAUAUUAAAAAUAACAAUUGGUAACAAAAAAGUUGAUACCUACUGUGUUAUUAGUGUUCAAUAUAUUAUUCGGUUCCUAGAUUUUGAUAAGGAUUCUUUGUGAAAAUUGUGCAGGAAAAAACCCUACGGGCAAGGCCAAGGCCAAGGGCGGCUUUGGCCAAGUGUAGAUCUAGUCAAGGGGAAUGAAAGUGAGGUUAAUGUAUCUGCUGACUUGGUAGCAAAACGUUUUUACCAAAGAAAUGCUCAACACAACAACAAAAAAUUUAACAUUCAUGAGUCAUUUUACAAUAUUAUUUUUCACAAAUAUGAAGGACACAUCUAAAAUGUUCCAGUUAAAUAGUUCUCUAGCUUCAGUUAAAGGACAGUAUAGUUGCCUUUUUAAUAA